AUGUAGUAGGGCGAAUAGAAAGGGAAAAGAAAAAAAAGUUAUGGACUCUGACUCUGCAUUUUCCAUUUCUAGUCUUCUCUGUCGAGAAAACGAAGCUUGCUUCAAUGAGGAGGUAGAUGAAGAUUCUUGUCUUAAUUCAAACAAUUACUUGUUCUCAGAAAAUUAUGAAGAAUAUAUAGAAAUGUUAGUUGAAAGAGAGAUCAGUUUUGGAUGUAAAACCCAUGGAUCGUCUGACGAUUGUUCGAUAGCGCUCGAGAACUGGUUGAAAUACGCUCGUUUGGAUGCCGUUCGAUGGAUUCUCAAUACUCGGGCCUUAUUCGGCUUUCGCUUCCAAACAGCUUAUUUAUCUAUCACUUACUUCGAUCGUUUUCUUUCAAAACGAUCCAUUGAUAGUGGGAAACCUUGGGCGAUACGAUUGCUGUCGGUGGCGUGUUUGACAUUGGCUUCAAAGAUGGAAGAAUGCAGGGUGCCUGCGUUGUCCGAGUUUCGAGUGGAGGAUUAUAGUUUUGAAAACAAUGUUAUUCAGAGAAUGGAGCUUCUGGUUUUGAAUACUUUAGAGUGGAGGAUGAGUUCGAUUACUCCUUUUACUUAUCUCGAUUACUUCAUUACCAAAUUCUGCGAUAUCUCUCGGCGGAAAGAGUUAGAAUCUAAAGCCGUAGAACUCAUCGUGACUGUUGCAAAAGAGAUGAGCUUAAUGGAUCAUCGACCAUCUGUUAUAGCUGCUGCGGCAGUCUUGGCGGCGAUGGAUCAGAGAUUGACAAGAAAAACUGUGGAAUUUAAGAUGAGUGUGAUCUCCUCAUGUGGUUCUCUUCAAAAUGUGAAGGAGCAUGUGUUUUCCUGCUAUAAUCUGAUGCAGGAAUUAGAGAUGGGGAAACUUAAGAUACCCAAGUUCAUAAUUUCCCCAGAUCUCUCUCCAAUCUAUUCAAGCUCUACCAAGGUUACUGAGAAUUCUUCCUUCACCUCUGCUGAUGGAGCUAAGAGGAGAAGGCUUACAUUCGAUGACUGUAGCCAGAAUUGUGGUGGUUCCAUGUCCAAUGAGAAGCAUUUCUGUUAAUGAAAAAUACAGCCGGUCACACCACCAUUUUGGAUAUUGGGUGCUUUUAUGGAGGAUUGGUUUUGUGUUUUUCAUGAAUAUGAUUUGGACUUGAUUGAGGAUUCCAUUUUCCAGUAUCCAACAAAGUUUAAUCCAGAGAAAAGAGUACACAGAGAGAAAUAAUUUGAUUAAAGGAAGGAAAAACUUAAACCUAUUGUGGAAAGCUGAGUAAAGUCCAAAAGUUAGGAAGAGGAGGAGAAUGAGUGAAGGACCAAGAGAGGUCCAGAACGACUUUGGAAGAGUGCCUGUUAAUAGUCAUCACUGAAUACUGUUUUCAUUCAUGAAUGCUGGUACUUAAUUUGUUGUAUUUUUUUUUCCUUCUUUAUUCUAACAAGGAAUAUUUACAUAUUUCUUUUAACCCCAUUUUUUUUUGUGGAGGGGGGGGGGGUGCUUGGGAUGCUUCACAUGUCUUUAAAAAGUGUGGAAGUGAGUAAGAAGAUGGGUCAGGGGAGUGACCUGUUGGUUUGAUUUGAUGCAUCUGUGUUGCAUGUUGACCAUCAAAAAGUAUGUAAAGGUGAAUGUGAUCGGAUUUGUUUG